UCCAACGCGUGUGCGCUAUUCCAUAAAAUUUCUAACUUAUAAUCGCAUUAUAAUUGAGCACAUUUCAGUGCGCCGUUGUAACUGGUCGCUAAUAACAAGCGUUGUUCUUAUUUAAGGUCUUGGUAUGUGUUCGCUACUGUGAACUCUGCUCGACUGAUACUUCUGACUCUUCACAACCUGUUAUAUACACGCACCACAGUCAGUGUUAAAUGUAACACAUUUCAUCCCUAGCGCCUCGCGCUCGUCCAACUUCUUUUCGCUUUUUCAUGUCGGCGUUUGAAAGCGUCGGCGCUCGAGUUAGCAAAUAAGGUCUUUCUUUUCACACUCGGCACCAGUCCAGGGUAGGAGAGAUACUACAGACCAAUAAUCCGCACGAGUAUCAUCACCUUCGCUAAACAAGUUCUCUAAUUCGGGGCAUGAGACGCUGGCUACGGUUUUAGAGCGUCUUUUGUUUCAGGUGCGCCUUGCUUCGAAGGUUAUUGAGAUAACGCUGUGCACUAAUCCACAAAACCUUUAAAUCUACUAAACAAAUGUAAAUAGUUUAGAAUGUCUCUUUUGCGUUUUGGCUUGCAACAUUAUUUUAUUGUUAUCAAAACAUAUGGACUACAAUCACAACAAACACCGUAAGCCGCCGCUUAUUAAUCCAUUUUUGAUGAUCAGUUUUCGUUCUAAUUCACGAACUCAAUUAAUAUAAAUGUUUAAACCAAAUAAGUCUACAUUUUGCGUUGUUGUGUAAAAUUUAUUCUCUUCGCAGUUUCAAUUAAUAUAAUCGUCGUAAAUCAUAUAUGCGACACCCAAAAGAAAAUUUGUGUCAACCACAAUAUGAAAAAGGACGCAUAUAAGAACCUUAUACACAUUGCAAAUCCAUUAUGGCCUGUUGUUUUUAAAGUUUUAAUUGCUACAUUAUACGAUACAAAACAUACGCCCAAAUGCGUAUUGCUACGUACAUGCCGACCUAUUGCCAAUAUAUUUAGCCAACUAAAUGCAUAUCGUAAAGAUUUAAUAACAUAUCAUACGGAUUUGACGUAUAGUUUCUUUUAUAUGUUACGUAACCCUUAGUACAUAAGACUUCACUUUCAAAGACUGCUAUGUUGUGUGGUUUAAUUCUAGCUCCGUCAUACUGAAAUUUUAUUUUCUAAACUAAACGAAGUUUUUCUUGUAAGAUGGCGUGGCCUAUUAACUUAGUUAAGAACAUUAUUGUAGUAAUUGUGUUGCUAUGUUAUGUCAGCUCCACGUUGGGUUGUCACAUCCCAGGCCACACAAAUAAGCGAGCCAUAAGCCUAGCCGCAUCGGUAGAAAUGACCGACGUCCAAAAAAUUCGAAACUUUUUCAUCCCCUGCGUUAAUGACGUGUUUGGUGACGCCAGCUUGGAUUUUUCUGGAAUCGUUAAGUUUAUAACAGACCACUCGCUAUGGUAUGACGUCACACAGCGUCUGGAAUGCGGGGAGAAAAACGAUACUGUCGAAUGUUGGAACGAACGUCUUACUGAUGUUUUGACCCGAGGUUCGAAAGAACUUGCUGUGGCACAGGAGUGUGUGGAGCGAUAUAAAGACUUUGUUAAUAAUGGAAAAUACAAUCCUACCCCGUUGGUUUUUAAUAAAUUCGACCGAGUGAGGUCCGAAGAUCUGUUGAACUGUCCCACUCGAACGCCACGAAAAUUCGAUCUUUGCGUGAAUAACCAAUUCGCCAAAGAUGAGGUCGAGAAUCCAAUCGGAAAUUUUGAUUCUUUGAUUGGAUUUGUUCAAAGGAAGAUGAAAUGCAGUGACUGUGAUUGUGGCGAGGUUCUACAAGCCGACAGUGACUUCGCAUCGUUCUUCGUGGGCGAGGGACUACAAUGCGACUCUUGUUGGUCAACUAGACUGGCAGCAUUGGUCAAAAGUCAAUCGACUUUAAGUGAAACAACCAAAAAGUGCGCUGCAACUACCAACGACGAAGUUUUUUUGAAAGAGGAAACAAUGAGAGUAUACUAGGUCAUACUCUCGCUGUAUCCGUAGGAGUGAGAGCAAGUAAAGAGCCCGAAUGGCCGCUUCCAUGUUUACAUAGCUUAUGACUCUUGUCAAAUUUACACGAAUAUAUAUGCGAAUUCGUACAGAGUAGGCUAGUAUGCACUAUACACAUUCCAUUUAAUGCAUAUGUUUGUUUAAAAAUUGUGUAGCGUUUAAUUUGGUGGUGUUUUCACAAGAGCUGUUCUGUUUCUGUAGUGUUAAUGUGUUGUCAUACAUUUGUUCGUUUGUCGAGCGUUUUGUAUUAUAUUAAAUACAAG